GAUUUGUGCAGUCAGACACCGUGUUGCCCUCGCCCAUCAGAAGCGAUGAGCCAGCCUUUGGAGCCAAGCCUGACGCCAGCAUGAGCCAUGGAGAGAGCCAGUCUGAUCCAGAAGGCCAAGUUGGCAGAGCAGGCUGAACGCUAUGAGGACAUGGCAGCCUUCAUGAAGAGCGCAGUGGAAAAGGGUGAGGAGCUAUCCUGUGAAGAGCGAAACCUGCUCUCAGUGGCCUACAAGAAUGUGGUGGGCGGCCAGAGGGCGGCCUGGAGGGUCCUGUCCAGUAUCGAGCAGAAAGGCACCGAGGAGAGCUCGGAAGAGAAGGGCCCGGAGGUUCGCGAGUACCGGGAGAAGGUGGAGACGGAGCUGCGAGGCGUGUGUGACACGGUGCUGGGCCUGCUGGACGCCCACCUCAUCAAGGAGGCCGGCGACGCCGAGAGUCGGGUCUUCUACCUGAAAAUGAAGGGUGACUACUACCGCUACCUGGCCGAGGUGGCCACUGGUGACGACAAGAAACGCAUCAUUGACUCGGCCCGGGCGGCCUACCAGGAGGCCAUGGACAUCAGCAAGAAAGAGAUGCCGCCCACCAACCCCAUCCGCCUGGGCCUGGCCCUGAACUUUUCCGUCUUCCACUACGAGAUCGCUAACAGCCCCGAGGAGGCCAUCUCGCUAGCCAAGACCACCUUCGACGAGGCCAUGGCGGACCUGCACACCCUCAGCGAGGACUCCUACAAAGACAGCACCCUCAUCAUGCAGCUGCUGCGAGACAACCUGACGCUGUGGACCGCCGACAACGCUGGGGAAGAGGGGGGCGAGGCUCCUGAGGAACCCCAGAGCUGAGCCGCCCGCCCCCCUCCCUGCCGCGCCCCCGCCCUCUCCAGCGCCCCCGCCCGUGGCAGAGAGGACUAGCACCGGGUGGGAGGCCCGACCCUUCUCCCCGAAUGCUCCGCUCCAGGGCUCGCAAGAGCUCCGAGGAGAGGACCAGCAGAGCAGAGGCCACCCGGAGCCAGGGGGGUCCCCCUCUUCCUGCGGCUGUCGGUGCUCCUCACCAGCGGUCAGCCCACCCACCCCUGCUCUCUGCACCCCUCCUACCGCCAACCGGGCCACCUCUUCUCCCCCUCCCCUCCCGCCCCCUGUUGCCUCUGAAUCUUAGGAAUUGAGGAGUGUCCCACCCUUGCGGCUGAGAGCUGGACUGUGUGGCUGAAGCUGGAGAUGUGUGUGUGUGUGUGUGUGUGUGUGUGUGUGUGUGUGUGUGUGUGUGUGAGAGAGAGAGAGAGAGAGCGCGAGCGAGAGCGAGAGCGAGAGCGCGCGCAAAACCCAGGAUGAGAGGGAAAGUAUGUCUGCUGGGUGUGACCAUGUUUCCUCUCAAUAAAGUUCCCUUGUGACACUC